UGUCCCCUAACACACAUCCUCCCACCUACGCCUCCUUUUUCUCUGUCGCGACCGUCUGUGACCGUGUGCCGUCGGUGGAUUUUAUGUGCAGCCAUGGCAGAGAUCGCGGGUCUGGCCUUGAGCGUUGUCGGGGCGGUCGGGCUGCUUGGGCAGCUCUUCGACGGGUGCAUCACGGGGUACCGCGUCUUUAGCACGGCCAAGAACCUCGGGAAAGACAGCGAGAAGAUGGUGUGCAAGAUCCGUAUCGAGGAGAUGCGGCUCUGGGUCUGGGGUCGGGAGUGGGGCGUCGUGGAGGGCAGAUUUGAAGCUCAUCUCUCCUCGACGUCGUGGGAGGGCCUCAAAGACCUGGCCAAGGACAUCCUGGAACAGCUCCUGGGCACGAUACUCGACUGUCACAAGCUCCAGGACAAGUAUGGGCUGCGGGAGGAGGCACCGGGCAGUGUUGACCAAGACGCGUAUUCCACGUGCAAGAAGGCCGCGGACCCGGCGACCAGUUCGUUUGGCAGCAGGUUCCGCAAGGACAUGAAGCUCAAGGCCAGAUGGGUGAUAGCUGAUAGAGAGAAAUUCGACACGUUUGUCCAGGAUCUGUCCUACUUUAAUGACCGAUUAGAGAAGCUCUUCCCGCCUGGGAGAGUCGAGACGUUGCAGCGCACAUGGACGAACGAGCUUCUCCACACUGCCCAGCGCGACCUUGAUAUUCUGCAGCUGCUCGAGACGUCUGCUGUCGAGAAAUACCCCAGUCUGAAUACGCUUGCGCGUCUGAAGCAGCUUCGUAUCAAUCUCGACGGAAAGGAGCGGGAGCCGUCGCGCAAGAUCCUGUCCUCGUCCGAACUCAAGAUCCGCCGCGAGCGCAUCCAAGUCGAUGCGAGCGAGAAAGCAGUUGCGCGGCGGGUCCGGGCUGUAUACUCGAAGCCUCUGGACACCAUGCGGGACGGGAAAGUGUCAGAGGACGUGCCCGUACUCAUCGACUGGAUCGACUACGAUGCCGAGAUGGAGCUUGACUCAAGGCUGCAUCUCUACCAAAGGGUGGAUAACUUGUCGCGCAUGCUACAUUCUUGCUCAUCGCGACACCCGGACCUGCACACCUUGGACUGUUUGGGUUAUGUUGAAGAUACGAAAAGCCAUCGAUAUGGCGUCGUACAUAAUGGUCCUCAGCUCGAGCUUGCCCAGAACGCAGGAAAUGUCCCUCCUUUCCAGAAUCUAUACGCGCUGCUCGGAGAUAACGACAAGGACAAACGGACGCCGGAUCUCGACGUCCGGAUAAAGCUGGCGCACACACUGGCAAUCGCGCUGUGGUCCUUCCACUCGCUGGACUGGCUCCACAAAUCAUUCAGCAGUCAUAAUGUACUAUUCUUCACUGGCAACAUGCCCAGUGGUGCUCAACACCACGACCUCAGACAUCCGUAUGUUGUUGGAUUCGACAGUUCCCGGCCAGACGGACUUGCAGAGAUGACAGCAGAUCCGAUCUACAGCGAAGGCCAGGACAUAUAUCGACAUCCCAGCUCGCUGGGUGUGUGGCGUCAAAGUUACCGCAAAGCUUUUGACAUCUAUUCGCUUGGCCUUGUCCUUCUGGAGAUUGGACUCUGGCGCAGUGUCAGGAGCCUCUACAAGCCAAAGUACUCCCAUACAGUGUUCAAAGAGAAGGUUCUUCAGCUUGGAGUACCCGCUUUGGGAUCCAAGACUGGCUCGCUGUACAGGGGCAUUGUUGAGAAGUGUAUAUCGUAUGAUGACCAGGAUGAGAAGCAUCCUAUGUCCCCACAUCAAAUGAUGGAGCAGGUGGUAUCGACGUUGGAAAGUCUGAAUGUCUGAGGGGAGAUGGCGUCCUACUCACAACAAAACCUGUCCAAACGGCAAGGUCAUGCUCGAGGGCAAGAAGCUGACAGCGCUUGUGACUGAUAGUGAGGAUGCCGCCAAGCUGUCAACGUCAACAAUAAGCAUACUUGAUGUCUAACCACACGCGGCAAAUUGCAACUAUUACAGUCCACGUUACAGACGAUGUCUUUUUCCCUAUUAGAAACCCUCCAGGACUGGAGCCAAUCAGG